AUGGCGUGGAACGUCGCCAAUUUCAUCGCUCUUGCGGUGACGUUUCUGCUCCUCGCAAUCGUCUCUGUCGCUUUGAGAUUUUGGGCUCGGACGACAUCUCUCAGGUCGUUCGGCCCGGACGAUGCCUUGAUCAUUCCAGCAGUGCUAUGCGUAGUCGGCAUGGCUAUAACAAUGAUCGUUGGGACACGGAUUGGAGAGAUGGCGCAACAUUAUACAAACGAAAUGGGUCCUCAUGGGCCGGUAUACACAAAACACCUAGCGAACUAUGAGAAGGCCAACUAUACUCUUCAACUUCUCCCCUUAGCUUCCUUGGGAUUUAGCAAGGCCUCUGUUUUAUGUUUCUACCGCCGAAUUUUCUUCGUCUACGAACGAUUCUUGAAUGUGAAUACGGUCCUAAUGGUCAUUGUCGUGGCCUGGGCGGUAUCGUUCUUCUUCACAACCCUGUUCCAAUGUAAAAAUCCCCGCACUCUUUGGACGACUUUCGAAUAUUCGAGAGUUGAAUGUGUAGACACACUACCGUUCUACUACGCUGUGUCAAUCAGUGGGUUUCUCACGGACCUCAUGAUAUUGGCCUCGCCCCUCCCCAUCAUAUACCAACUUCAAAUGCCUUUGAAGAAUCGAAUUGCCGUAGCAGGUAUUCUUUUGCUUGGAACAGUUGUGUGUGGCGCAGGAAUUACACGCUUCGUAACCUUUGUCAAUAUUGGUCACGGCAUCUUCGCGAACAUCAACGACAUCACAUACUUUACCACUCCUGUAUUUGCAUGGACUAUGAUCGAGAGCUCUCUCGCUGUGGUCGGCGCGAACCUCCCGCUUCUCCGGCCUCUCCUCCACCAGAAAACAUACACGUCCUCGUAUGCCUGGUCAUUGCUUCGUUCCUUGCACAUUAGACGCUCUGAUAAUAGUAGCUAGGAGCGACUUGGUUAAAAAAGUGAAGGUCGUUUCAAUAAUGAUAUUCAACUUAUGAACAAGGCGAUAUCAAGCCAGGACAUAAAUUUAAAAUCAGUUAUUCCGCAGGUGGAGCCGGCGAGGCCUUCUGGAGAAGGCGUUUAUAUGCAGCGCAAGUAUGAAGUGGCAUAACGGCCGCAAGAAUGUUACUCUACGUGAAAUCCAGCCAGCUUAGCAACAAAGAAAGAUGAUCCAAAAGAUCCUAUUUUAUCUCAACUUACCUAGGUAGUACCUAUUCUCAGAAAG